AUGAAUGGAAGUCACCCGACCUCUUCUUCCAACAACAGCCCAGAGAAGGAGCCUCUAAGCUUGACAAUUUUGACGUUCCUCAUAGCCCUGGGUGGGCUGCUGGGAAAUACAGUUGUUCUGUGGCUCCUGGGCUUCCGCCUGAGAAGAAACUCCUUCUCUGUUUACAUUCUCAACCUGGCAGGGGCUGACUUCCUCUUCCUCUUCCUUGAGGUUAUCAUAUCCCUGAUGAUAUUCAUUGACUUGCACUCAAAUAUCCUUUUUCUCUUUAAAGUUGUUUGGGCUUUCGUGUUUAUUGCAGACCUGAGCAUUCUCAGCUGCAUAAGCACUGAACGCUGCCUAUCCGUCUUGUUCCCCAUCUGGUACCGGUGCCGACGCCCAAGGCACACAUCAGCUGUCACGUGUGUGGUGCUCUGGACUUUGUCCCUGUUGCUGGGUGCUCUGGAAGGACAUCUAUGUAACAAGAUAGCUGAAAAGCCUGACAAUUACUGUUCAGCAUUUCAUUUGUUCCUUGCCAUUUGGCUGAUUUUCUUAUUUGUGACUCUUUUGGGAUCUAACGUGAUUUUGCUGGUGAAGAUAUUCUGUGACUUCCAAAAGAAGAAACUGACCAGGAUCUAUGUGACCAUUGUUCUCACAGUGUUGACUUUCCUCCUCUGUGACUUUCCCUUCCUAUUUCGUUUGAUUCCAACUUCUUUAGAGCAAUUAUCAACUUCCUGGUUUAUAAUUCUCUACUGUGUUAACAGUAGCAUCAACCCCAUCAUUUACUUCUUCGUUGGCUCCUAUAGACAGCAGAAGAGGCCAAGCCUCGGGAUGAUUCUCCAGAAAGCGCUGCAGGACACUCCUGAGAUGGAUGAACCUGGAGGAAGCGUCCCUCAGGAAACCACGGAGAGGUCAGGGAGCAGUGUGGUGUAG